UGUCUUGUAUACCAACAUUAGAAAAGUUAAAAAUAUUGUUCAAUGAGUUUAAACGGGACGUAAACUCAAAUCCGUAUAUUUUUCUGUGUUUAAUCCAGUGGAAAUCAUUAAAAAGACGAAAUCAUUGCGCUAAAGUUAUUAGUGUAGCCAACUAAAUUUGAAUAUCCAAUAAAAAUGCAUUUGUGAAGCGAAAAAACUAAAAUUACAAGUGUUUUGGUGACAGUGGUACUAACUCCAUUUUCUCUUCAAACCAAAAGACAUUUUUGUUCCCUUUGUAUGGCUUAAAUUUUCUCGCAAAAUAUUGGCACAUACAACAAUGUCAGACGACACCAUAAACUUUCCACCAACACCGGAACAUGUGAACAAUUGUCCAACACCGCCAAUAAAUACGAAAAGUCGAAUUCGCGAUUUUAUACAGAAGCAAUUAAUGACAGACGUUGCCAUUUCCGAUAAUGAAAUCGAUGGCGAGGAAAAUCAGAGAGAGUCUGGUUCACCACCACCAAAUUGUUCGAUAUGCCUUGGACAGAUAAACAGCAAGUGUUUUACGGACUCAUGUCUGCACACGUUUUGUUUCAGUUGUUUAUUGGAGUGGUCAAAGAUUAAAGCUGAAUGUCCGCUUUGUAAGCAAGGAUUCAAGUCGAUUAUUCACAACGUCAAAUCAAUGGACAAAUAUGAAGAAUACAAAGUGGAUAACUAUCGCACCAAUUGGGCGAGCAUUGCUAACCAGUUUGAACAAUUUUUGCUGGCUACUUCUUUUCCACCUUUUCGUUCACGAGUGCAUCGUCAACGGGUACCAGAAACUUAUACACUACCGAAUGCUGACAGGACAUCAACCAGCACGAACCUGAGCGGUGGCCUCAGUCGCGUUUACCAAUUAUUUCUGAAUAACAACGUUUUGGUAGAACGUUUUGCGCGAGAAAAUGCAAACGAUGUCAUACCGAAUCGGUCCAAUGGUCCAGCAUGGCGUGCAUACGUAUAUCAGAGAGAUUUAUACGCUCUACCCCUGCUUGAUGUGAACGGACGCAGCAGAGACAUUUCGGCGCGUUUUUAUAGAGAAAAUCCGGCACAAAUUCACCGGCUCAUGGGAUGGUUGAACCGAGAAAUCAUUUAUCUUUUAAAUUCGGCCGUUCAUUACAAUAGUUUUGUACUGCAGACGAUUGAAGAGCGUAUAACUCAGCACGACAUGACGUCAAGAGCGUUUCGUCAACACAUCCAGCCUUUCUUUACUCGACACACAUCGCAUUUUUUGCACGAGCUGAUUAAUUUUGCUCGGUCACCGUAUGACAUCAUCGGUUACGAUAGAAACGUCCAGUAUCGACCUCAUUUCUAUGACAUCGAAAUCGAAAGUGUUAGCAUUGAUUCGGACCGAAGCGACCCGAGUCCAAGAUUGUCACCCAGAUCUGAUGUAACCACUGAAGAUCCGUACAUGUCAAACGAAUCGCAGCACAACAGCCAGAGUCGAUCAGUUAUUGUUUUUGGCUCGAAUGGUGAGGGCAGUUCCAGGAACUUUAGCACACCAUCAUCGUACACGUUCCAGCCAAUCACUGAACCAGUUACCGUUGACACCGAUGAUAGUGACGAUUGCUUAUUCGUCUGCGAACAGAAGCCACCGCAUCUGCGUACUCCUAUCAUGGUCGAAUUGAAUUCGGAAGAGGACAGUGAUGUCAUAAUUGUUGAGACUGAGAUUAAAGAAGAAAGUAGUGACACAGAAGAGCAGCCUGAUCCGUCAACGAGUGCAAAUUCGAGGCAAAUACCAAAGCCAAGUACUUCACGACGCCGUCGGAAUACAAGCGGCAGUUCCGACAGCCUAACAUUGUUGCAAAGUGUAGCAACCGAUGAAACUCCGAACGAUGUACCUUGUGCCCCAACUCGCCGUAAACGACGUCAACAACAGAAUGACGAGACCUGCGGUGGUGACGACGGGCCACCUAGAAUCAAAAUGAUCAUACGUUCCGAUCCCCAGACUCCAUAUUCUUCGACAGUAACCACUGGUGCGUUAUUAGCCGAUAGUAAAAGUGCAAUUGCAACCGUGUCACAAGCGAAUAUUAGUUACGAUGGAAGUGGUCCAUCAACGUCAACGUCAACUGUUAUUCGACAACCGUACAGCCAGUCACGAAGUGUUCCGUUUAAGAAGAAAAAAUACACCAUCUACGAUGCAUCCAGCGAAUCCAGUGAUUUAGACUCGACUGACAGUUCCAGCAGUGAUUCCAGCCAUGAGGAGUUGAAACUCCCGAAGCAAAAACGAUUGAUCAAACGAGCGAGUCAGAAAUCUCUGAAGAUGCAGAAGAAACACAAAAAAUUCACCAAAAAGUUAGAACUGAAAAUGAAGUUAAAGAUGAAGCAGAUGAUGUUACAUCUACAGGAGCCGCACGAUGUCGGCUCGAACAGCAACUAUAUUUCGUCGUCGUGUUCGUCAUCCAGUUCGUCAAGUUCCGAUGCGAGCUCAAGCAUGGACGAUGACGAAAAAGAAUCGUCGAGCGAUUGAAACGAUAAUUUGUAGAUAAAAUUCGGUGUAAGCGCUUCUAUUCCAAUUUCAUCGUUGAGAAUAGAAAGUUUUCUUGGAAAUUUGCUUUUUCAAGGAAAUUUGAGAAAUUUUUGAAAAAAAAAGCAAUAAACGUCUGAACCAUAAGAACAAAAAA